AUGACGUUUUCCCAUGCGGUUGUCAUGACGUCGUCUCUCUCCGUCGCCCUGCACGGGGGCGGUCGCGUGCUCAGCAUUCAGUCACAUACCGUCCAGGUGUCCAUCUCGGGUGCCCCUUUCAGGUACCCCACUCAGGUGUUUCUCAGGCGCCCAUCUCAGGUGUCUCUCAGGCGCCCCUCUCAGGUGUCUCUCAGGUUCCCCUCUCAGGUGCCCAUCCCAGGUGUCUCUCCAAUGUCUCUCAGAGCUAUGUGGGUGGGCAGCAAUGUGGCCGUGUUCCCCCAGCCCGGCAGCUGCUCCUGCUGGGAAGCGGAGCAGGUGAGUGGUGCAGCAGAGCAGGUGAGUGGUGCAGCAGAGCAGGUGAGUGGUGCGGCAGAGCACGUGAGUGGUGCAGCAGAGCAGGUGAGUGGUGCAGCAGAGCAGGUGAGUGGUGCAGCAGAGCAGGUGAGUGGUGCAGCAGAGCAGGUGAGUCGUGCAGCAGAGCAGGUGAGUGGUGCGGCAGAGCAGGUGAGUGGUGCAGCAGAGCAGGUGAGUGGUGCAGCAGUGCAGGUGAGUAGUGCAGCAGAGCAGGUGAGUGGUGCAGCAGAGCAGGUGAGUGGUGCAGCAGAGCAGGGCACGGGGUGUGUGGGUGCUGGACUCGCUGCUGAUAGCCUGGUGCUGGUGGUGGGGCGUGACGCCAGUAGCCCUGCUGUAGAGCACAUGGGUGAGGUGACAGGGCAUGGGGCGUGCCAGUGUGGUGGUCGAGGUGUGCUUUGA